GUUUAUGCACCGACUCAAUCCAAAGUCUUCGACAACCGCUCGCCCCGGACCUACGCCCAAAACCUCGAGAAAGACCAAAUCAUUAACAAGGAGACCAAAGCUCGCAUCCUCCGAGCCGAAUCCGCACAAUCCAACGGCUUCGAAAACCUCGCUCUCUUCGCCACCCCGGUGCUGGCAGGAAACCUCGCCGGUCUCUCAGCUCAAACUCUCAAUACGCUGUCCAUCGGAUAUCCGCUCAGCAGGCAGGCUUAUAAUUUCUUUAUACUAACAAUAUUGCUGAGUGAGGGGAUGGCGAAUUUGAGGAGUGUGGUCUUUUUGGCCGGCGUGGGACAGAUUUUUACGUUGUCUAUUAUGAGUGGGAAUAGCUUGAGGGAGAAGGCUGCGAAUUUGUUGUAG